UCAACCUAUUUCUCUAAGAAUUCUGAAUUUCAUUAUCGUGGUGACACGUGGCUACAAAACAAUGUUGUAAUGUUUCUCAAUUAAUAUAUAAAAGAUUGUUAAGUAAUAGUUUAAAUGAAUGAAGAUCAGAUGAUUUAAACUUUUACCCUUAAUUGAUUUUAGUAAUUACUCUUUAUUCACUAUUGUUAAACAUAAAGAGCAAUUACUAAAAUCAAUUAAAGUACUAAAUGUAGUUGGGUUUUAAUAGUUUAGAUGGAUGAAGAUCAGAAGAUAAUCAAGGAACUUGAUAUAACUCAAGAUGAAACUGAGGGAGGGAAUCUGAAGGUUGUGACAGGAAACAAUGAAGCUGUUUCUCAUUUGAUUUAUGCGGGAUCAGACAUUAUGCUUUGUCUAAACUUCUUACAAGAUCAACUUCUCCAAGUCCCUCUCAAGGCUUUGAAGUACGGAACAGCUCCAAUCGAACUAAACCCCCGAACCGGGCAUGUUGGAACACAUGAACAAGAGGCCAUCACUGCUAACUUUAUCAAUUCUAUAUUCGGAGACAUAUCCUUAGUAAUAUUAUAUUAUUUAUACGCUAGAUUGGAUGUGUGUGUGUGUGUGUGUUAUGAUGCAGAAGAAGGAUGGGAGGUUGUGGAAGUUAAAGAUAACGAAAGCUACGAAGAAAGACUUGUGCUGUGACGUUCACAUCUCUGCAUAUACUUUUUUUUUUUGGUGUAAAUGUUAAAAAUCUCCGCAUAUACUUCCAUUAAGAACCUGUGAAAGUAGUGAAGAGGAAGAAGAUUUGUUUGGUUCCUCAAUCACAUUGAGAGUAUCAGUCUCAUGUCUUUUAUCAUUUGUAUUUUUGUAAUGUAAUUUAUUUCUCAACUUAUAAUCAAUUGUAAAGUUUAUUAGUUAUUAUAAUUCUCGCCAUAAUGUAGUUGUGAAAGCGGAAAAAUGGCCUCUUCGUAUAUAAACUAACUAGGAUAAGACCUGCGCAAGCGCAUGGUGAGUUUAUUUAUAUAUAUAUUAUCGAUAGUUUUUUUUAUAUAUGUGAUCA